CGUGCGUGCGGGGAUCGAGCUGUGAUACUAGUUGCGCCAGCCAGUUGCCAGUUCGUCGCCACUCGCCGCCCCACAGUUUUGGAGUGAACGCGUUUGUGUUCGGUCCGUCCGAGCCCGUUCGGUAAUGUGCGCAUGACGUCGUCGGAAAAAAUAAUUAAUAAUUUUUUGUGAUAAUAAUAAAUAAUACGUGUACUACCGCUGCUACUAGUGCUAUACAUAAUAUUACCAACGACGAGACGGAGACGUCGUAUAGUUUUAUUUAUUUAAAUUUUUUAUUUUUAUUUUUUUUUUUUUAUCAUCGUUGUAACGUAGUACCUAGUCGAAGGUGUUGUUGUUGUUGUUAUUAUUAUUAUUGUUAACGCUACUACUAUUAUUUAUUAUUAUCAUCAUCAUUAUUAUUAUUAUUAUUAUUACAAUACCAUCGUCACCCGUCGUCGACGCGUUAUUAAUCCCACGGUCGGUACCUGUCGCGCCGCGUCCGCGUGCACCACGUAUACGCACGACGACGACGACAACGCCUCGCUUGAUGUGCUCCGGCAGCCGUUGACCGAACGAACACACUGUGCGAAGACGUCAUGUCCGGCUUACAGCAGCAGCAGCAGCAGCAGCAGCAGCAGCAGGAACAGGUCACCAUCAAGAUGGAACCGUCGGACCCGAGCAGCCCGGCCACGGCUGUUGCCGCUGCCAUCAACAACAACCUGGUGGUGCGGGUGGACCAGGACUCGGAGACGGACCUGCAAGCGCUGUUCGACACAGUGCUGAAGCCGGACGGGAAGAAACCGCUGCAGCUGCCGUUACGCAUGCGCCAACUACCCAAGUCGUUUUUUAACCCGCCGUCCACGGGCUCCAAGUCGUCAUCCAUAUCGCACAGCCGCGAGAACUCCGGCGACUCGGCUUUCGGGACGGCACCGUCCAUCGGCCAGUCGUGCGUGGCCGGCGGUGGUCCGGGGCCAAUGCACUCGCGCGCUCACAGCUCGCCCGCCUCGCUGCAGCAGACGUACGGGGUCAGCGCGGCCAAGCAACAGCAACAGCAGCACGUCAAGCAGCGCAGCUACGACGUGUCCAGCGCCAUCGAUGAGUUGGGCCCGCUGCCUCAGGGAUGGGAACAGGCCCGGACGCCCGAGGGACAGAUUUACUUUUUGAAUCACCUCACCAGAACGACUCAGUGGGAAGACCCGCGAAAGAGCUUGGCCGCUCAGGCGGCGAACCAACACCAGCGCAGUGCCGAACAAUUGUUGAGCCCCGGUAACGACAGCGGAUCGAGUACCAAUGCCACCAGCACACCUACAAACUCGCCACCACACAUUCAUUCGACCCUCCAAGGAACGAACAAAAACGUGACUCUGGGCCCGUUGCCCGAUGGAUGGGAACAAGCCGUCACCGUGGACGGCGAGACAUACUUUAUAAAUCACAUAGCCAGGACCACAUCGUGGUUCGAUCCGAGAAUACCUGCUCAUUUGCAAAGAGCGCCGACGUCGGGAGCGGUGCUACCUUCGGGCUCGGCGUCGUGGCUGCUGAACGGCGGUUCCGGGUUGUCGCAGUCGCUCCAAGUCACCCAGCAAAAGCUCAGACUUCACUCGCUGCAAAUGGAGCGCGAACGUUUAAAGCUCCGCCAACAGGAAAUCAUCCGUCAGCAAGAGCUUAUGUUGCACUCGGGCCAGACGACCAAUGACCUCGACCCGUUCCUAUCUUGCAGCAGCAGUAACGUCGAUCAUUCGCGGCAGGAAUCAGCCGACAGCGGCUUGGGCCUGGGAAAUAAUUACUCGCUGCCGCACACUCCCGAAGACUUUUUGUCAUCCAACAUGGACGACAACAUGGACUGUACUUCAGAAAGCGAUAAUCCAGGUCCAUCGUCGGACAUGUCGGUAGUCGACUCGCAGGAAAUGGCCUCGUUGGAUGUCACCGACGACUUAGUCCCGUCACUUCAAUUAGGGGACGAAUUUAGCAAUGACAUACUGGACGAGGUACAAUCGCUGAUCGAUCCGAACAACAAACCCGGAUCAAUUUUGACUUGGCUAUGAAAACAUUUGUCAUAUAUUUGUUUUUAUAUAAAAAUAACUUUUAUAUAUAUAUAUAUAUAUAUAUAUAUAUGUAUAUAUACAUGUAUUUGCAUAUGUGUAUUAAUUAAUUUUAAUUAAGAGGUUUUAUUUGUACAUGCCUGCGUGUGCGUGAACUCUGUGUGUGUGUGUGCGUGUUUUUAAAAUCCGUUUUAUCAUAACCGAUAUGAUGCGAAAAAAUUAUGGACAGCAGCAGCGUGCGCGCGAACGAACGGUGCAGCACUAAGGAAAAACUACCGGACGCGGUCAAAACGUCGUUGUGACACAAAACAUAAAACGCGUAAAAUAUUAUUGCUGUAAAACGUCACAGCGGACUCGUGCUUUCCCGUUCAGAGAAAAAAAAAAUUAUACAUCCAUAUUUAUUUCGGGUAGUGUGUCGACCGUAACGAUUGCUAAUACGAUCAUUGUACGCGAGUGAGAACGAAGAUUCCGUGCCCGGGAUUCGAACCACAUUUUCGCCGCACACGUGCGUACGUACAGCCGCGCAUGGCCACGCAUUUUCGCCGCGAAUCGAUAGCGUUUACAGAUGCGUAUAAAUAUUAUCCUCGCCCGUACAAUAUCGGUUAUUUCAAACGUAUCGUAUUAUAUUAAUCGUGUACGUACGCGUCCGGAGGCUCCUUCCACGCAUGUCGACGACGAUAAUAUACUAUCUGAACGAAAUCCUCCGUCCGCAGCGAUCGUUUCCCGCGGUCCCCGUCACCGUCUAAGGAAACCGCGAGUGUUAUACCUCUACCGCGUAAUAAAUUAUCAUGAUAAUCAUAUGUUAUUAAACCGAGGGUGAAUUUUCAAAAACGUCUUUAAUUACAAUUAAUUUGUCCUCCAUUUCACUGCCAAAACAGAUUUUACAGGGUAUGAACGAUUUUUUUUUCUCGUUUACUCGCGCAUAUUCGAACUGUGCACCGCGACCUAAUCAUUGUUAUUGGGUGCGCCGUUCUUUCGACAAAAACGGUUGUAUCUAACCAAUCGGAUUUUUUCGUACUGACCGAAAUACUAAGUGCCCUAAGAAAUAAUAAAAAAAAAAA